UCAGGAGGAUUUGGUAUAGAUUUUUCAUGUAAUAUUGAUAAUGUGGAAGAAGGCAUUGCUAAAGUAGCAAAGGGAUUGUUAGAACAUGGAGUAACAUCCUUUUGCCCUACAUUGGUUACAUCUCCUACUGAGAUAUAUCACAAAAUCUUACCAAGAAUAAAGAAACAAAAUGGAGGUAGUCAUGGUGCUGGCGUGCUAGGUGUUCAUAUAGAAGGACCAUUUAUUAGUCCAAACAAGAAAGGUGCCCAUCCAGAACAUUAUAUCAGAAAAUUUGAACAGGGAUUUAAAUCAGUAACUGAUAUGUAUGGUGAUCUAGACAAUGUGUGCAUGUUUACGUUAGCACCUGAGAUAUCGAAUGCUACAUCUGUUAUUGAAGAGUUAUGUAGAAGAAAUAUUAAAGUAUCUCUUGGACAUUCUGUAGCAAAUUUAAAUGAAGGAGAAAAAGCAGUUAAACAUGGAGCAUCGUUUAUCACUCAUCUAUUCAAUGCCAUGUUGCCU